AUGCUUGUCAUUCCCCCAGUCACUUGCAAGUCCUGGUGUCAGACCAUGGACUGCAAGCAACAGACAACGCACAACAAUGGUGCCACUGGCCAUGGUCAUUGCCAACUGAAGUUAGUCAACUUUGAGGCUCAUGACAACCACAUUUCCCAUGAGACGCAGGGGCUCAGCAAAAAGCACCUGGUGGUGCGAAGAGGGAAACCGUUCAAGUUCACUCUGAUGUUUCACGGCCGGUCGUGGGAUCCUCACACCGAGAGCCUGGCCCUGGAGGUUUGCCUCGGCGGUCUGUCAGAGACGAUCCCAGUCCAGUUCUCUGACAUGCAGUCAGACCCCCAUCAAUGGUCAGCCAAAAUCUACCCAGGCAAUAUGCAUCCUGCGUCAGUCACCAUCUACAUCUGCUCCCCUGUUUUAUCCUCGGUGGCUCUAUAUGACCUCCUGGUCCACAUAGAGACCAAAUGGAACAGAAGGAGCUACGCAGUGGGAACAUUUGUGCUGCUUUGCAACCCUUGGCUGAAUGAUGAUACAGUGUACAUGCCACUGGAUGUCCACAAACAAGAGUAUAUCAAGAGUGAUUAUGGGUUGGUGUACAUGGGCAGCAAUAUAAACAUUAAUCAGCGUCCCUGGUCGUUUGGUCAGUAUGAGCCUGGGGUCCUGGAGGCAUGUCUGAAGCUCCUGCAGAUCACCCCACAGCACCUCAGUAACAAACACAAAGACUACAUUCAACGAGCAGACCCUGUCUACCUUAGCAGGGUGGUCUGUGCUAUGGUAAACUGUAAUGACGACCUGGGUAUUUUGGAGGGGAAGUGGCAGGGCAGCUACAAAGGUGGUGUUAAACCUAACGAGUGGAGCGGCAGUGCUGAAAUCCUUCACCAAUGGGUCUCCUCCAACUUCAGCCCUGUGCGCUAUGGACAGUGCUGGGUCUUUGCAUCCGUCCUCUGCACAGUGAUGAGAGUACUGGGGAUUCCCUCCAGGGUGGUGACAGUUUUUAAUGCAGCCCAUGACGGUGAUGCCAGCCUGAAAGUUGAAGAGUUUUACUCGAGCAGAGGGGAGAAGCUCAACCUGUCAAAGGACAGCAUUUGGAACUUCCAUGUGUGGGUGGAGUGCUGGAUGAGAAGACCAGACCUCGGUGCAGGGUUUGACGGCUGGCAGGUAUUGGACCCGACCCCCCAGGAAAAGAGUGCCGGGAUAUUCCGCUGUGGACCUUCCCCAGUAGUUGCUAUUCAGCAACACUGCUUUGGUGCCCCAUACGACACCCCGUUCGUCUAUGCCUCCGUUGACGCUGACAUCGUACGCUUAAUUUUACACAAUGGACAGGUGGUGGGGAGAGCGGUGGACACUGAGUGGGUGGGCCAGCUGAUUUACACUAAGAGCGCUGGCUCAGACAGCCCAGAGAAUCUGACACACACUUAUAAGAGUAAGCAAAGUAAGAGAAGGAGGGAAACCAGCAGCCAGAGAGGAAGGUCACCUAGUUUGGAGGUGUCCCUAAACAUAGAUGGGGUGCCAUCAGUGGGUUCGAGCAUUCGCAUGUAUGUGACGGUCAAAAACCAGUCAAGCAACCCCAGGGUCCUGAUGGAACACCUCAACGCCCAGAUGAAAGAGUACAACAGCGGCCCAAAGGAGAGCUUUUGGAAAAUACACAAAGAGGUGCACAUACAGCCGCAUGAGGUUUUGACACUCCAGCACACCAUCCCGCCCUCUGAGUAUGAGUCGAUCCUGGCAGGUGACGACAUUGUGAAUCUUGCUGUGGUGAUAAAGGAUGUGAAGACUAAAGAAAGAGUCCUGGAUACACAGGAGUUCAACAUAAGGACACCACAGAUAACCAUAGAGAUCGAAGGAGGCGACAGCAUCCAGAUGAAGGAGCAGCACACAGCCCAGGUGUCCUUCACUAAUAGGUUUACCAAAGCUCUGAAUGAAUCUGUGCUGACUGUGGAGGGAUGUGGCUUGUUGCACGGCAAACAUGAGGCCAGGCUGUCUCUUCUAAAGCCAGGCGAGACGAUAGUGAAGAAGGUGUCCAUCAUGGCCACUUCACCUGGCACUAAAUUGCUGUUGGCCACAUUCUCACACAACAACAGCCACACCGUCGUUUCCAGGGGCUUCCACAAAGUCUCUGUCAGGCCUGCAUUGUAG